AUGUGCGCCAAAAGCUGGCGCUCAGCAACCACCAAAUUCUACGGAGUCUACAAUGGCACCAUCCCGGGCGUCUACAGCAACUUCUCAGCAUGUAAAGCCCAGGUUGAUGGCGUAAAGGGCGCCAAAUGGGGCGUUUUUUCCACCGAAGAACAAGCCAAAAAUUUCGUCCGAACUGGUAUCCGCACCGCCGCCGCCGCCACCACCACCAAGCUCACCGCCACAUUCUACGGGGUUAAAAGCACCAACCCAACGCUCGAAAGCAAGGUAUUCGAAACCUGGAAAGACUGCAAGAACUACGUCCAUCGCCAACGGGGACUCUCCUUCAAAAAAUUCGCCACCCGCGUCGACGCACACAACUUCGCUACGGGUACAUGCCCGCAUGACUACCAACUCAUCGGCACUACACCCGCCGAGUUUACCGCCCAGCACAAACUCCCGGACGCACCACAACAAACCCUCCACUCCGACGAAUCCGUUGUAUACUGCGACGGCUGUGCCCUAGGUAACGGUACCGCAGACUGCAUUGCCGGCAUUGGCGUGUACUUCGCCAACGAACCAGCACUCCACCUCAGCGAGCCUUGUACAGAACCCCCGUAUACAAACAACCGCGCAGAGAUUAAGGCCGCCUUUCGCGCACUGCAAGUCAUAUGGAACAACCUGACCGCGGCGCCACCCCAUGCCCCACGAUACAACUACAAGCUGUUCACGGACUCCGAAUACGUGGUGUACCUGCUAACAUGCAGGUACACCACGUUCAAAACCCUAGAUCAGAUGGCCAAAAUCCCCAACGCCGAUCUUGCCGUGCCUCUGGUUCAGAUCUACAUCCGAGUCAAGCUCUUCUACCUGGCAAACGCACCGCGGUUCGCGAACCGCGGUGCGUUUGCCAUAGAAUGGGUUCGUGGUCACGUGGGCGAGCCGGGCAACGAAGCCGCCGACCGUCUUGCCCGCCAGGGCGCCACCGAGGACGCCGCGGUGGCGAGAUCCGCGGCGGCGCCGCUGCCGCCCGCGACAGCGGCUGCUGCUGCUGCUGCCGUCGCAGCUUCUCCGUCGCAGUAA